AUGGGCCCUUACCUGGCCCUGCUUCAUUUGUCCAACCUCGCCGCACAAGCAAGGCCUGUUCUAAUUGCAGGCACGACAAGAUACGCUGUGAUGACAGCAGACCGUGUGCAGGCUGCCGUCGCCGCGGUCUUGCUUGCGCCGGAUCUGAGCCUCCUCGGCCAGUUGGUGGACUCGGACCAGUCCUGGCACCUGACCCGGCAGUUCCACCACGCAAGAAUAAACUCGCAUGCAAAGCAUGUACGCGGGACAACAAGAAGUGCGAGGAUCGCCGCCCAUGCGGCCACUGCGUUCUGCGAGACCCACCAAGAAAAGGGACAGGUCGUGGCUCGCGCGUCAAAUCGGCCUGUGUACGCUGUAGAGACGACAAGGUACGGUGUGAUGGUGCUCGACCAUGUCAAGGGUGCACUCGCAAAGGCGUGGCCUGUCGCGAUAGACUAG